CUGACUGAUCUUGCUCUCCCUCCCUCUCCUGCUAGAUUUAGGGGAGGGAGUCAGAGCGCAGCAGCAGCACUAAGAUCAGUAGCUAGAGGAUCAGUAGCAACAGCAGCAGCUCUGGGCAGCCUCAACAUGUCCGUUUCAAAGCAGCGAGAAGAGACAUCUGUCCCCAGCCCAGCUGAGCAGGAGGCUACGGGGAUGAGUGUGAGUGUCAGAACCUGAGCCGGAGAAGGAAACCCCCUGUACCGCCAGGAUCUGCAUCUGAGAGCAUUAGGAAGAAGGAAGUAGCAAGAAGAAGAAAGGAAAAGUUUAUCAAACAAUUUAAAGUUCCAAUCCCAAGAUGAAAAUUGCUUUUAAAACAAUUCCUGAGGGGCCUCGUAAAAAUGACAACGCAUCUUAUAGAAACGGACCAGAAAGCUUUCGAGAAUCAGGCCCUAAUUCUCAAUUUAAAGGUCCUUUAUUGUUUUGCCACUUCACCAGUAGAACUACUACGGGAGCCAAAGCAGACCAAGCCAUGAAACCAAACCUGAAGCAAUGGAAACAACUUAUGCUAUUUGGUAUCUGUGCAUGGGGUCUUCUCUUUCUAGUCAUCUUCAUCUAUUUUACAGACAGCAACUCUGUGGAACCAGUGCCAAGUUCUUUCUCUUAUGUAGAGACAAAAAAGCUUUUACCUAUUCAAGGUAAGCAGAGAGCCAUCAUGGGAGCACUUCAAGAUCCAUCUUUCUCUUAUGCAGUUGAAGAUAGUGAAUUGAUUAAUGAAGAUAUUUUAGAUUCUUUUAAACUAGGCCCAGGUAGUAUUAAAAAAAUGAACGAUAUUGAACCUUAUUUUGAAAGUGAUGAUGAAUAUAUCAUUUCAAAGAAAACACGAGGCUCACUUGUUCACGGAUUUGGAGAAUCUUUACAGAAUCGUGUACGGGGCAAUCUUAAUUCAGUUGCUGGAAGAUUGCCUGUUGGAAAUGGAGGAAGGUAUAAUAAUCAAGGACAAGGUUUCUAUUCAAGGCACAAAAAAAUCAGGAGGAGCCUACGGCGCAAGAAACGCAUAUUUGAAGAAUCAGAUUAUUGGAAUGGGUUUUCUUCAUCCAUGUCCAAAUCUUUUCUACAAAAACUAUGGAAAGGGAAUGUGUCCUCAAAAAUGCUGGCUCCACGUCUGCAGAAAGCGAGAAGGGAAUACCUCAGAACAAAUAAGCUGGGUGUUAGCUUCACGGGAAAACAGAACUCAAAAAAACUGACUCCCCAUGAACUUCUUUGUGCCCUUAAAACACGAGCACAUGUGAGAACUUUGGAUGGAAAAGAGGCUCCCUUUUCAAAUCUGGGGUGGGAAAAAUAUUUCCCAAAAACCCCUUUGAAUAAAUUAUAUCCAAAAGGUUUUUCUACAUGUGCAGUGGUUUCUUCAGCUGGAGCUAUACUUAACUCCUCACUUGGAGCUGAAAUAGAUGCACACGACGCAGUGCUGAGAUUUAAUUCUGCGCCAACUCGCAAUUAUGAGAAAGAUGUUGGAAACAAAACCACUGUGCGAAUUAUAAAUUCACAGAUUCUUACCAACCCAAACCAUCAUUUUGCUGACAGUUCACUGUACAAGGAUGUCACUUUAGUUGCUUGGGAUCCUUCCCCUUAUUAUGCAGACCUUCAUACGUGGUAUCACAAACCAGACUACAAUCUUUUCCCACCUUAUGAACAACAUCGUAAAAAAAAUCCAGAUCAGCCCUUUUACAUCCUUCACCCAAAGUUUACAUGGGAGCUGUGGAAAAUAAUACAAGAGAACAGUAAUGAAAAGAUCCAACCAAAUCCUCCUUCCUCAGGUUUUAUUGGUAUCCUGAUAAUGAUGUCAUUGUGCAAAAAAGUGCAUGUGUAUGAAUAUAUCCCCUCCUACAGACAGACAGACCUUUGUCACUACCAUGAACAGUACUAUGAUGCUGCAUGCACACUGGGAGCUUACCAUCCACUGCUGUAUGAAAAAAUGCUUAUUCAAAGGAUUAAUGAAGACACAGAAGACAAUCUUCUCCGUAAGGGGAAAGUAACCUUGCCAGGGUUUAGCUCUAUGCGGUGCCCUAUAAAUGAUCAUAUUACAUAAGGGCACAUAUUUUCUUCCUUUGGAGAUCAUGUGCAAUAAUUUGCUUGUUGCUUUGUCAACAAAAAUACUUGAACACACAAUUAAGACCAUUUACGUCAUCGGUCUUUACAUUUUGACUAGUGGACACAAACAUGUUUUUCAAAGCCAUUGACUAUUUAUUAAAACUUUGCAGUUUUUUCCGACAAGACUAGUUAACGGGAGGUGUAAGUCUCAUUGUGUCCCAGUUACACAAAAAGAAAAUUCAAAUCUAGUAUUGAAAUAAAAUAUAUUUAGUGACUAUAAUGUGCCAUAUUGAUACCACUCUAUGAGGAAUCCGUCUGUUGUCAUUUUUAUCUCUAAAUGCACCAAGAUCUAUUACAAAAGUGUGGUCAAUGUUAUGUAGGUUAAAUAUGUUUAUUGAUUAAAUGUCCACAUAGACAUCUUUUAGUAGUUAUUUGUACAUAUAUUUUAUGUAACUUUGAAGAGUUGGCUAAAGGAUAUUCUAAGAAGAUAACAUACUAUAUGACAGUGUGAAAAAGUCCAUGCAAGGGAUUUAGUUAGUAGUUUAUACAUUAUCAGAGUGAAAUCUCUGGCACAUCUUGGCACAGGUUGCUUAGGUAACGCCAUGCUGUCUUCAUUAGCACAAAAUGACAUUGCUAUCCACAUAUGCACUCACUAUGGAUAGAUAUUUGUUUAAGAACAGUCUAUAAGCCCUCAAUUAAUUCUUUGAUUGGCUAGACUGGGUAUCCAUAUUUGCAGCUGCAGAAUAUAAGUAGACUUGUACUAGCUUAUACAUUUGAAAAUACUAAAAUACUGGACCAAGAUGAUGAGGGUCUUUCUUAAUCAAGCAACCCUAGAAAUCAGCCUACUAUGUCUACUAUAAAAUCUAACCUUGACUGUACAUUAAGCACAUCAUUUUGAUUUUUUGCAGCAGGUUACGGUUUAAAAAAAAUGAAACAAUACAUUUCAUUUCUCAUAUGUGCCAUGUUUAGAGAUAAAUGUUCUGAUGGUUUUGUUUGCAUGAAAUGUUGGAAGUAUUUCUAUAUUUUGAAUUGUUCAUCUAAAAAAAAAUGUGAUAAUAUAAAUGAUGAGCAUGUAAAAAGCAGGUUCAGUGAAGAAUAUAGAACCAUUGACAUAGUUAUGUAUCUUUAUAUAGUCUAUUAAAAUACAUAAAUAUUUAUUAGCACUGCAUGUCUAAUGGGAAAUAUUGCAGUGAAUUCAAAAUAAUGACAAAGAUUUAAAAAAAAUAAUAAUUUUCAGCCAUUAAGAUUUAUUUAUUUGCUGAAUAUGAAAUGUUUCCCUUUGCCAAUAUAACAUUAACUCUUAAUGGGACACACCUUUUCUAAAUGCUCAGCAAUGCCUUUAGACCAGUGAUUUUCAACCUUUUUUUUGCCGUUGCACACUUUUUUACAAUAAAAAAUCCUGUGGCACACCACCAUCCCAAAAUUUUACAAAAUGACACAUUGUAUAUAUAAAAGUUAUUUCACAAAAGGCAAGCACUCGCUGGUAUUUUUUCAAACAACAGUAUUUACUAUACAACAAAUCAGUGAAUAUUUUCGGGCAUCCACCCAUCCUCAGACAUGUUUUCUCUAUGUACGGAUUAGGUGGGCACCCUGGGAGUUGGUACGUUAUGAGUGUGCUGGGUUCUCCUGAACUAUGGUAUAUAUAGUCAUCAUCUCACUCAAAAUAAAAUAAAACGUCCCAGAAUAAAAAAACAAGCAAAAUUAAAAAAAAAUAUAUCACACUGUUGUCAGUCUGCCGCGGCACACCUGAGGAUCUCUCACGGCACACUAGUGUGCCACGGCACACUGGUUGAAAAACACUGCAUUAGACUACACAAGACUGAAUGAGGACAAAUUAUUUUUUGUAGUUUUGAAUUUAUUUUUUUACCUUUUACAUCAUUAUUAUGACUUCCUCUUUUCCUGUUUCCAUCUGGUUGCCUUUUUUGGCUGCUAAUACAUGUCAGAAAGUAGCCAAUUUACUUGUGCAUAAGACUAGAAUAAUUAAUAUGUUUAGUGAGAAGUGGUGGUAUUACCUAGUAAAUGCAUGGGAGCAAUGCUUGUGUUAUCAAUGAUAUUAAAGUGAAGGUCAAUUUUUGGGAUUCAAAAUACAUCAUGUUGAAGAUUAUCUUAAAAACAUUAAAUUCGCUUACUUUAUAUGUAUAAAUAACUAACCCUUUGCCCAAAAAAUGUAUUUAUAAUGUUGCUCCGUUAUCGCGUUUAUCUCCGCCCAUACAAGACUUCCUUAUUCUGACUUGAUGACGUCGCUUUGUUUCUUACAACGAGACUACGCUCGUGCACCCUUGUUCUGUUUGAAAUGCGCAUGCGUACGGUCAGCUCAAUAGCGCAUGCGCGUAAUUAACGGCCGUAACUUUGUAUGCAGUAAUUUUGCGAGCAAACAACGAAUGCGCGUUACGGGGACGAGCAUGAUGAUGAUGCCGCAAUGUUUACUUACACGCAUGCGCAUAAGCUGACAAUGACGAAAACGAAAAGGGGCUGGACGCCACGGGGUAAAACAAUAGAUUGGAGCCAAAAGAUGUCAAUCAAUAAAGGCACUAUGACGGGCGGAUUUUACAGCUGAAACGGAGCGGUUUCAAAACGUAAAAUAUAAAUCUUUUGCUUGUAUCUAUCUAUACUUUGAUGAAUGAACAUCAUACUCAUUUUAGCUAAAAUAUUGAAAACUGCUAAGCACAACCCCAGACUUGACCUUCACUUUAAGAGUAUGCUGGCAUUAGUGAAAAAAUUGUUUUAUAUAACUUAGUAAAGAGCCUUCCAAAAAUGGGACAUCAAAGACAGCAGUGUUACUUUUUUACAUGACAACAUGGCAAAUAGUGAUGCUUGAUGUUGUCAUCUGAAAUGUGUUUAUCAUGCAGACAAGUACUAUGUCAUUUCAAGGAUAACUUACUAUUCUGAUAUAGCGGAGGAGAAGCACAUAAGACUGCCCAAACAAGCAGGGAGACACACCAACUAUAAUUGCUGCUAGAUAUGCAUCAGAAAUGUAAAUGAAUGCAUUGAGUGCAAAAAAUAUCCCAAAAUGACAACAAUUCAAAUGGUGGCUUUGCUCAAUCACUGUUUACUUUGUCAGCAUUUACAGUAACUAUUUCAGUAGGACGCCACUGCAAUCAGCCCAAACUUUUAAAAGGACAAUUAUACAGUGAACCACUUUGGAAUGUAGAGUGACCUUACUUAAAAUUGUUAUCCUAUAUGUCAUGUUUGUGAAGAGCAAAGGAAAAUCAUAUAAAAAAUCAAUACCUGAAUGUAAACAAUAAAUGUUAUAGGGACUCCAGAUGAGAUUUACCAACGUAAAGACACUAACCAUAUGUGUUUGCUGUAAUGUAUUGGGAAUACUGCAGUACAUAGUGAUAUUAUGUCUUAAAAAGACUGUUUAACUUCAGAAGUUAGGCCUAGAGCACUCUUUGCUUAGUUUAUAUGGGGUGCGCCAUCUGUAUCUGAUUUUCUGUACUGCUUGCCAAAGUGGAAGUGAUAGAAUCAACCUGAGGUGAGCAUAGCCUUCAUUAUAAGUAAACACCCACCCUUGGGAGUCCUAAAGUGUACAAUCUCUAUGUACUGCAGUGUUUUUAAUAAAGUGCAGCAUAAAUAUACAUUUAAUGUCCCUUUUAGUAGACUAACUAUUGAGCAUUGCCAUUUUUUCCCACCAUGCCUGUGAAUCUUUCUGAUUCUGAUAUAUUUGUUUGACCUUGUUCCGAUGUCCUGCACAGAUGUCAGGUAUCAAAAUCAAACCAGUUGUGGAUACUACCAUAUAUGUAUCUUCUACUUUAAGUAGCACUUUUGUUGAUCUGCGUAUUAUAAUUUGUUACAAAAAAUUGAUAUAAAAAUAUAUAUUUUACUCUGAGUUGCAGGAUCACAGAACAUAAAAUUUACCUGCUCUUUUUGUAUUCUUAAUAUUUUCAAUUAGAAGCCAGACUAAUUUUUUACUAGCCUUAACGGUUUUUUGGUAUAAUAAUUUUUUUAGCUUUCUGGCUUUAGUGUUCAUCAGAUGUAAUCUUAAAUUUUUCCAAGAGCACCAUUUUGAACAGUGUUUGUACACAUUUUAUCACUUUUGUAUUUUGUUUUUUUGUACAUUUUUAUGUAUGCACAAUGUAUAGAUGAUCAUGUAAAUAAAAUAUUUGGCUUUGUUUCUA